AAAGAGAGGGAGAGUAAAAAGGUGAAGAACGUCAGGAAGAACCAACGUGACGCAAACAGAUCCCAUUUCCACUUCUGUGUUUGUUCUGUUCUUCCUCGGGGGCUCAGAAUGCUCCAGCAGGUCUGGAGGCUGAAGGAACUCCUGGUUCUGGUCUGCAGCCCGCUUCUGCUGCUGCCGCUGGCGUUGAGCACCAGGGAAGCGGCCUGUGCGUAUGUCAUCGCCCUCAUGGCGGUGUAUUGGUGCACGGAGGUUCUACCACUGGCGGUGACGGCGCUGCUGCCCACCAUCCUGUUCCCGGUGCUCGGCAUCAUGGAGUCCAGACACGUAAGAGUGGACACACUCCACACCCAAAGCUCUGCGGUGUCUGUGUUGUUGUCGUCUCACCUGUACGAUGUAACUCAGGUGUGCGUGCAGUACCUGAAGGACACCAACAUGCUGUUUGUUGGGGGGCUGAUGGUGGCCGUGGCUGUGGAGCACUGGAACCUCCACAAACGGAUCGCACUCAAAGUUCUGCUGCUCGUUGGAGUCCGGCCUGCCCUACUGAUGCUGGGGUUCAUGGGGGUGACGGCCUUCUUGUCGAUGUGGAUCAGCAACACGGCCACAACCGCCAUGAUGGUCCCCAUCGUACAGGCUGUCCUUGAGCAGCUCCUUGGCGAUAGGAAAGAGGUUGGCGUUGGCGUGGAGAUGGUGAAGAUCCAGAGCAGGACUGCGUCUGUGGAGCAGGAGUAUCAGCAGAAGACCAUCAGCAUCGAGGAAAUGGCCGAGCCAAACAAAGAUCUCAACCUAUCAACUAAUCAUAGUCAAUCAGAGGAAGUCAUCAGCCCAGAAGACACCAAGGCACCUAAGCAGGAGUCGAUAUCUGGGCAUCCGACAGACAAUCAGGAGGUUAUCAAACCGACACCCCAGGACAAGCCUCCAUCAGACAGCAGCAGUCUAACGGUUCUGACGGUGGAGACCAGCUGCGCUGCACCUGAGCCGGAGCUGGAGGAGCUGAGUGAUGAAGAUGAGGAGAAGAAGAGGAUGAGCAAAGGUAUUCUUCUUUCUGUGUGCUACGCUGCCAGCAUCGGAGGCAUCGCCACCCUGACAGGAACCGGGCCCAACCUGGUUCUGAUCGGACAGAUGAGCCAACUGUUUCCUCAGAACGGUGAUGUGAUCAACUUUGCAUCGUGGUUCGUGUUUGCCUUCCCCACCAUGUUGAUGAUGCUGACGCUCUCCUGGUUCUGGUUGCAGUUCCUCUUCAUCGGCUGGAACCUAAAGAAGAUCUGGGGCUGCGGCUUGGUCCAGUCGCACAAGGAGAAGACUGUGUACGACGCACUCAGGAAGGAAUACAGGCGGCUGGGACCCAUGAGUUACGCUGAGACGAGCGUCCUGGGAGUCUUCAUCCUCAUGGUGGUGCUGUGGUUCACAAGGGACCCUCGCUUUGUGGACGGCUGGGCCACCCACGUCUUCAACGCCAAAGCAGAGUUCGUCACCGACGCCACCGUCGCGUUGUUCGUCGCCAUCUUGUUGUUCGUCCUUCCCUCCGAGCCGCCGCGCUACCUCUGCUUCUGGCGGCGCUCCGCCUCCGAGAGCCGGCUGUCCCAAGGCCCCGCCUCUUCGCUGCUCACCUGGCAGGUGACCCAUGACAAGAUGCCCUGGAACAUCGUCCUCCUGCUGGGGGGCAGCUUCGCUCUGGCUAAAGGCAGCGAGGUGUCCGGUCUUUCCCGCUGGCUCGGCGCUCAGAUGACGCCGCUGCACUCCGUCCCGGCGUGGGCCAUCGCCAUCAUCGUCUGCCUCCUCAUCGCCACCUUCACGGAGUGCACUAGCAAUGUCGCCACGGCAACGCUCUUCCUGCCCGUCCUUGCCUCCCUGUCCAAGUCCAUCGGCCUGAAUCCGCUGUACGUCAUGAUACCCUGCACACUCAGCGCCUCCUUCGCCUUCAUGCUGCCCGUGGCCACGCCCCCCAACGCCAUAGUCUUCUCCUCCGGCUUACUCAAAGUGUCCGACAUGGCUAAAACCGGCUUGGUGAUGAACAUCAUCGGGAUAUGCUGCAUCACUCUGGCCAUCAACAGCUGGGGGCGCGUCCUGUUUUCCCUGGACUCUUUCCCCUCGUGGGCCAACAUCACUUCCCUGGAGUAGGACCCACAACCUCCUGCCAGCCGGCAUCCUCCAGUCCUGAGCCUCCAGACAGCAGAGUUCUCCGAAAACCGCUCCCAGCUUUACUUCAUCUUCACGGUUCGGAGAGAAUUCAGGACUUUUUCUCGUCUAAUGGUUGUUUAUGUACGGCAGAGUGGAGGGGUUCAGAACACUGUGCGGUGAACGCUUCCUCAUCCAAUCUGAAUCCAACUACUGAAUAAUGACAGGCUGGCACCAAGCAACCAGAUGAUCAACUAAUCAACUGAUCAACCAGCACCGGCAAAUAAGAAGGAAGCUACUCACUAGUGUUAGCUUUGGAGCGAUUGGUCACCAGUUGGAUUGAUUUCUUUCUUUGCUGUCCUUUGGUGCGGAUAGGCUGGUGUUAGAUUUGGAUAGCCUCGCAUUAGCAUUCAAUAGGUUGGAUAUUUAUAUGCCAACAGUUUUCUUGAUAAAAUCUAUAAAAAUGUAAGAAAGGGGUGACCAGCCUUUUUAUGAUAGCUGUUUGCCUAUUUAAGGCUAAUGCUAGCUUCUCCAAAGCUAAUUCUAGCCAAACUGUGUUAAUAGCCAGCAGAGGAGGUAGUAGGCUAGAUGACCAGCCUAAAAGUGCUAAUCACCAGCCUUUACAAAGCUAAUGCUAGCAGUCUCCUUUUCGUUGGUUGCUCAGAUACCGCUGCCAGCCUAUCAUUAAUCAGAUCAGUAGCUAAUUUCUGAAUGAAUAAACCUCCUGAGAUAAGGAUGUAGUCCCCACUGGGUGAAAAACGGUUUCAAAUUUCUCUCUACAGCAUGGAGUUUCAUGAAGCUACAUGGAGGCUCAGAUCAUUUGUUUUCUCACCAUCGUCACCAUCUGAUGAAGGCUCUCACUCUGAGAUGUUUGCAGGUAGUUUGGACAUUUAGGGCCACGGAGCAAAUGGAUCAGAUCUCACUGGUCAACAGUUGUGACGUGGAACUGCAGUCAGCAGGGAAAUUAGUCUCUACCUGAUGGGAAGGUCCAAACAUGCCAGAUUACACCGGAUUGCACUGGAUUAUACAGGGAUUACACAGAUUUACAUCAGUAUGGCUGAAUGUUUGUACACACAGACCCAGUUUACAUACAGAAAUAGAGAACCAACUCAGUUCAUCCAGGGAUUUACAUUUCAUUUGGAGUUGUAAACUGAAGAAUGAUGAAAAAAACAUGAAAAGACCCAAUAAAAGGACUAACAGAC